CACGGGCUGGGGAUGGCCCACACGGCCGCCGACUCUCCGGGGAAAGGGCCGCUCCAUCCCAGCUGGCAGGUCUCUGCGUCUGAGAUGCCAGCACCGGAGGCUGCCCCCAAGACCUAAGGACAUGUGCCCAGGACACGUGUGUGGCCCCGAUCCCGUCCACUGAGGCCCGAUGGCCCAGCAAAACACGACGAUGCGCCCGGUGCUGCUGAAGCGGAACAGCCUGGAGUCAGUGGCGUUCGCCAAGCAGCCGCACCACCGCCGCAGCAAGUCGCAGCAGGUGCGCUUCAAGGAGGAUGGCACCGGGAAGCCUCCGCCUGGCCUGGCCGGGAUGGACGUCCACGGGCCCGAGGACCCGGCUGUGAUGGGCAAGACCCAAGCCCCCAGACACCACCCUCUCCCCGCCUACUCGCUCUCCUUCCCUCGGUCCCAGAAGGCAGGGGGCCUCCGGAACAUGGCGAUCCAAACCUCCCCCAGUCUCAGGAAGCAUUUCCCGAUCUUCAAAAGGAAGAGGCUCCUGGCCAGUAAGUCCUUGGUGGAGAUGCCAACCACAUUCCAAAGUGCCAUCCAGGUCAAUGGCAACCUCUCGGAACAGGACAUGGUGGCUUCCGACCUCGCCUGCUUACGGCUGGCACAGCGCCUCGAGGAUGGGCCUCGCAGGGUCCAGGUGUCGCACCCGUUUCUGCCUCGAUUGGCCAAGGUGCAGAGCAACGGGCCGGUGAGCAUAUGCUUGGAAGCGGGAGCUGGUAGAGCCGCAGAGAAAGCAACCGCUGCCAUUCAGGUCCCGGAUGACAUCUAUCCCAGCCCUGCCUGGGCAGCCGAAGAGCCCGCCCUCAGCCAAGACCAGCCCUUGGUGGACCUGUGUCCAGGUGAUGGGCGCAGAGUGCUGCCCUCAGAUUCAGAAAGAGCCACCUCCUGCUUGAACGCCACCAGCGGUGCCAACCCCAUGCCAGGCACAGGGAAACUUCAACCAGAAUUGCUUUUGCCCAAAGACAACCCUGGGGACGCGGACUUUGGCCCACGGACAUCUCCGUCAAAGGAAGGGUGUGCUCCCUCGCCUCCUCGGACUCACGGCGCUCCCUCGCCAGGCUCCCGCGGCCGGCCAGCCCAUCCAGGAGGGGCUUCGGACUGUCCGCCAUCGAGCAGCAACCACCAGGACCUGCCGUCACUCAGAGCGAACCACCCGCCCAAAGCUGGCCCUGCGUGUCAGGAGCGGCCGGUGAGGAACCCCACCCAGCCGGACAGCCUGGAGUUUCGAAACUGUCCGGGAAGCGAUCAUCCCUCGUCCUCUCGUCCAAGGAGGGAGGACAAACUUCAGAGCAGCAGGGAGAUAAGCCAGAUUCACCUGGCCCGGGGCGAACUCUGCGACCUCCAAGGCAGGCUGCAGUCCGUGGAGGAGUCCCUGCACUCGAACCAAGAGAAAAUUAAAGUCCUUCUGAAUGUAAUUCAAGACUUGGAGAAAGCUAGGGCUCUCACAGAAGGGCGCAACUAUUAUCGAACCGGCCAAGAUCUCAACAAUUGCAGCACCUGCCAGAACACGGCGUGCAUCAUAUACAGUGUAGAAUAUGAUUUUCGGCAGCAGGAAGGCAGGUUCCAUGAAGUUCUACAGAAUCUGGAGGAAGCAGAGCCGGUUGAGGAGCCAUGUCCCCCACCAAAGUCCACAGCAGAACCCCCUGUUCCUGAGAAACAGGACUUAAGGCGGAAAACCAAGAAGGUGAAGAAGAAAUGCUUCUGGUGGAUCUGAGCUUGUUGGGACCAUGCCCUCUGCCCUCCCCCAAAACCUCCAUGAGAUGGGGACCACUGCCCUCAGGUCUUCUCUGCUUCUUCGCAAAGGCCCCAGACUGACAGUCACUCAACCUGCGAAGCCAGAAAGACUCCAGGGCUGGUGUAGCCACUGCAGGACCCCGACCACCAACCUCACCUGAGUGAGUGCCACUGUUUGCUGAGGGCUUCACGGACCCUAGAGUGACCAAUUGCCUAGUUCCCCAUCACACACAACUAGGCCACAAUCCUGGUUUGCGAGUCUAGGUUCCCACCCUGAACAAAGCCCCCAUCGACUCUCCAACAUCUCUAUGAUGCUAAGCACUUCCUUCUCAUCCUUAAAAGAAAAGAAAAGAAAAGAAAAGAAAAGAAAAGAAAGAAAGAAAGAAAGAAAGAAAGAAAGAAAGAAAGAAAGAAAGAAAGAAAAGAAAAGAAGGUUGUGUAGAGCAGGAAGUUAGAAUACAGUUAGAAACUGAUACACUAGGAAAGAUGAGUUACAUACACUGGUUAUUUUCUAAAAUGUUGGCAUACAUAGCAUAAUAGAAAUGUGCAGGGCAAAAAUGUAAGAGUGCCUGGUGGGCUGGGUCAUUUCCAUUUUAAAAUAGCCCCUUGGCCCCAAAUUAAGAAUUUGUCAUCUCAUGCUGCGGGGGCCUUCCAGCCUGUGGCAGAAUAAGGUCGCUGCAGGGGAUAAGGAACUUGGUGUGAUUAUCCUGCAGUUGUAGCUCCAGGGCCCACCUUAAGCCACCAUGCUUCUCAGCCCAGGGCAUGAGACCACCUGGAAAAUAGGUGGGAUCUGGUUUGAACUUUCAGAUUCCACAGCUGAUUUCCCUGCAACAUUUAAGACCAUGAGAUCCAGCAACCUGUCUGCUUCAUCUGAGCAGUAACAUAAAUAAGACUAAGAUAAAACACAACACUGGUUCUUACCCAUUCAUCCCUGCAAUAGCUUUGUAGAUAGGUUCUUAAAUAUAGUAAUCUACAUAAUCUCCCUUCCUGGUAACCAGGCCAUGAUCACCUGAUUGAAUAAGAAGCAGGAUGAGGGAUAUACAUAUUUUUUCCAUUUUAGCAUUAAAGACCUUUCCUUCCCAAAGUCUGAAUUCUUUUAAAGUCUGGCUCAUUCUUUUGACAAGACCCCUAUACACGUGGGUCCAGUCAAACUUGCAUGGCUGAACAAACUACUAACAUAAUAUAAUUAAGUAAUUGCUACAUACUUUGAAGGAUGAGGGGUGGAUUCUUGUUAAAUUCUCUACCAGACUGUGCUCGGAUGGAUGCUGCUUAAAAAGGGGAUCCUAAAGCUCAACAUGGCAUUUAAUGAAGAAGGCAUGUCAUACCCGCCUUUGCUCAAGAUCAGGUGUCUGGGUUAGAGUCUGCGGAGUACAGAAUCCUGUGUGAACAUGGGAUGAACAUACCCCCAUUGCACAUUGAGACGAAUUGAGCAAACCACUCUGACAAUUGCACCUGCUCCUGCCAUAGUGCUGCAGUGUGCAAGCUCUUUCGGUGAGAGUGAGAGGGAAAUUUGGCAAGGAACCACAGCUUACACUAUUUAAGUCUUGGGAUGUCAUUCAAGAUGUUCUCGUUCCGUUUCUAGAGUAAUGUUUAAACCCACAAAGUGAGACCAGCCUCCAUAAUGUUAAGUAGGAAUUAAGAUAAAUACACUUGUCAUACAGAGGAAGCCACAUUUCAAUAAGAUAUGCUAUCACUGGCUGAAAGCCACAGAUCUUCCUAUAUCCACACAGUCAACUCUCAGUUGGCCCCAACGAUGGAAAAGAACAGCACCGAGGAUAAUCCAAUAAAGCAAAACCAUGUGGGAUCUCUUAUGUAAUUUUAUCCUGUAGUAGAGCUUCCAUCUUAAUUCGCUUUGCUUAUACUAAGUUUCAAGUUAAUUUAUAAUCUUGGGCAGCAUGAAUAUAAUCCUGUUUUGGGAAUUAAGAGACCCAGGCAAACAGUCGACUAUCUUUUAACAAAUGGCUUAAAAUUUUAGGGCCUGUUUGUUCAUUCUCAAAUGGAGAUAGAAACACCUUCUCGAACAACUUUAUAAGCUCUGUGCAUGGUCCAACACCAAAUGAGCAGAAUGACCCAGAGCUGAGGUGGCUUAUUUGCCAAACAGAAUAGAACCCAACCCUUGGGUCAUUAAAAAGUGCACAUUUUUAUAUACUUAGGUUCAGUUGGAGGUAUCAGAUAAACCCUCAACUGAAAAAUAAAAUUGGGGUAGGAAAUGUUGACAUUUCUAAAAAUACAACCAAAUGAGACUUCAAUGAAUUUAUACCAAAGCACAAUACAGCAUUGCUGAGGCCACUAACCUGAAAAUGGGAAGGAGGUCUCUUCUGGAAAUUGAACAUUUAAAAUUAUUAUAAGGAAAAGGGAUUCAGUAAAACACCUUCCUGCUAAUAAAAAUGAUCAUCUCUAUUUAAAAAACACACCCACACAUAUACAUAGACCAAAACUCUAUACCCAUCUACUCAUCUGAAAAUCACAUCUUUGUAAAAUAUUAUGUAACAUCUACCACGAUAAUCUGCAAAAAUGCUGUACUUGAGGUUAUAUGGUUUUACAGAGAGAAUUAAUUUAGCUAAAAUUACUUUUAUAAAAUUGAAGGGGAAAAGACUGAUACAUCACCUUAGGUUGCUGGAGUUUAUGUAGCUGCUUUCUCUGUAGUUAAGAAAAAAAUGUGUACUCGCUAUACUUGGAACUUAAAUACCAGCUCAUCUGUAGAGCCCCUUCUUAAAAACAAUGUAUAAUGUAAGUUUUUGUAAAUUUAUAAACUGUUUUAAAUGGGAUAUUAUCUUUUGCAAUAAACUUACAUAUUUUUUCUUA